AUGAAGACAUUGACAUUCAACAAGAUCUGUCUACUUGCCUUUUUGCUUCGAGCGUGUUUGCUUGUCUAUGGUGAAUUCCAAGAUGCCUACAUGACUGUCAAAUAUACAGAUAUAGAUUAUGUUGUCUUUACUGAUGCAGCACGUUUCAUCACUCAGGGACAAUCGCCUUAUGCGCGUGAAACCUAUCGAUACACCCCCUUACUUGCCAUCCUACUGACGCCCAAUAUUUAUCUUUUUCGAUCUUUUGGCAAAUGUCUCUUUGUAGCUGCUGAUCUCAUUGUAGGCUACUUGAUUCACCGCAUCCUUCUUCUUCGAGGUAUGCCUUCCAAACGCGCACUCUUCUUUGACGAGCUUUGGUUACUGAAUCCUAUCGUUGCUAAUAUUUCAACUCGCGGAAAUGCCGAAAGUUUGCUCGGCUGCAUGGUCCUUGGUACACUCUAUCUCAUGCUCCAAAAAAGGACACACUUUUAUGGCGCCUGUGCCCUCUUUGGCCUCUCGGUUCAUUUCAAGAUAUACCCAGUUAUCUAUGCCAUUCCUCUCUUGGCCUUACUGGAUGAGCACGAUACAGUGCCUUUGCCUCGUAUCAUGCAAGAGUACCAAGUCAUAAGGUAUCGAUGCAUGUAUGCGCUCAGGCAAAUGCCAAACCCACUCUUCACCUUCCUCCACCAUCUUCUCUCCUUCCUUUCACCCAUUCGUAUCCUCUUUGCCAUUACUAGCGCAGGUACCUUCUUCAUCCUGACUGGUCUCAUGUAUCAAAGAUACGGGCACGAGUUCUUGGAACACACUUAUCUCUACCAUGUCACCAGAGAAGAUCACCGUCAUAACUUUUCGAUUUGGUUUUAUCCUCUUUAUUUAGGUAUAGAUCAUAAGAGUCCAUGGAUGGGAUUGAUUGCGUUUAUACCACAGUUAACACUUGUCACUGCUAUUGGUAUCGCGUUUGGAAAAGAUAUUUUCUUUGCAUGUUUCCUUCAAACCUUUUUGUUUGUCACAUAUAACAAAGUGAUUACAUCUCAGUACUUUAUGUGGUAUAUUUGCUUAUUUCCACUUAUUUUACCAUCUACCAAGAUUCAUUUGAAAUGGAAAGGAAUUAUUCUAUCAGCUGCAUGGAUAGCAGGACAGGCUAUUUGGUUAAACUAUGCAUAUCAACUUGAAUUCUUGGCUCAGCACACAUUCUUUCAACUGUGGCUGUCAGGAAGCUUAUUUUUCAUAAUCAACGCUUGGGUCAUGACUGAACUCAUUAUGAAUCAUCAAUAUGAAACAAUAUUUAAUACGAGUGAUAAGGUGCGAUGGGUUUGGGGAAUGGGUGAUCCAGGAUCCAAGCGGCUUUAG